AUGUUCACGGUGAAGGUGUUCAACAUACUCCGCCCUGAGGUCCGCCGGGUCCACCGGGGCCUCCAUGGCCUCCGUGGCCUUCAUGUCCUCCAGGUCCGCCCUGGUGACCACCUGGGCCACCGGGACCGCCAAAGCCUUGGGGACCACCCUGAUGACCUCCCGGGCCGCCUUGAGGACCUCCAAAGCCAGGACCGCCUUGGUGGCCACCGGGGCCUCCAAAUCCUCCAGGACCACCGGGACCACCGUUAUGUUGUUGAGGAGGGCCACCCUGGGGGCCUCCAAAGCCGGGGCCGCCAGGACCGCCUUGGUUGCCCUGGGGAGGAGGGCCCUGCUGGCCGUGGUGGCCGUGCUUCUCUUCGUGGUGGUGGUGGAAUAGACCCAUGGUUGAUGAGGUGUGAGGGGUGGUGA